AUGGAAGAAGAGCAAGACAUGAUAGAGCAGCUUGAGAGCCUCACAGCCGAAUUUGAGAAAAUUUUUGCAAAUUCUGGGAAGCCAAUACAUGCGUUUUUGAAAGACGAUUGGAAAUCGAGGAUGGAGGAGAUCACGUCGGAGAGUACCUUAAAUGAAGAUUACAUGAAGGAAGUUCCGAAAAUUGGUGUGAUCAUGCGAUGA